AUGAUGGAGACACUGUAUAAGAAAAUUCGUUCAGCAAAAACUUCGCUUUCCACUCAGAGACCUCUCUACACAGACGAAUCUUCCAAUGACGACCUCUCCAAAUCAUCUGAAGAACUACUUGAAUCUAGAGACAAUGAGAAUUUAGACUACGAUCUUAGACCACGAAAUGAGAAGCGAAGAAGUUUGAUGUGGGGAGUUGUAGUUCAUUCUUUUAUAUUCGCGACGUAUACCAUUGGACUUUUUGCAGCGACCACUUUCGUUAGACAUAGAUCUGGGCCACCUACACUUGUAUAUACACCAGCAGCGGAAGCUUUGGAUUAUGAGAAGAUCUUUUAUAAUGGAACUCUUUUUGCAAGUAGUCUCUAUAAGGGGGAUCCUCGUCCGGAACUCGAUCUUGCGUGGCAUAAUUUAGUCAAAAACAAUAAUCUCCGGAUUAGCAAAGAAGAGCUCGACACACUUGGUAGGACUGCACUUCCUCUUGCUGAUGGCUCUGGAUACUAUGGACAAUUGAAUGUUUAUCAUCACUUACAUUGCUUGAAAUUUAUGAGGGAGGCAUUCUACGCCGAAUAUUAUCCUGAUGCUCAAGGGCCAACAACAAAAAUGCACGUUGAUCAUUGCAUUGACGAUAUCCGACAAGCAUUAAUGUGUCACGCCGAUACCUCCAUCACAACAUUUGAAUGGGAAGAAGGUAUAAGAAGACCUAUGCCAGAUUUCACGGGUUGGCACACGUGUAAUAAUUGGGAGAAGCUGGAUGACUGGGCCACUGCUCGUGCAUUUUCAAUGUUCGAUCAGGUCUCUUUGAUCAAUCCUACUUAUGGUAUCGCUUUUCCAAUGAUUAAUGGAGAAAUCGAUUAUACUCCGCCUAGUCAGGAGGGCUUCCGUGCUAUUUGGCCUGAAGAUUCGGGAGGUCACGUUCAUGGUUGA